ACGUGCGUUGCUCUGUGGUGUGAGCCGUGACGUUUCUCCUGUAAUCGGUGUUGCUGGGAGCUGUUGUGUGCGCGGGGAUACCGUUUGGCAGGUACCGGAGAGCAGAGGCAAUGAAUGGGUCAGGAGGCCUGCAAAGCGGCCUGCCCUAAACCAGCAGGAGGUUAUCAAACUAUCACAGGGAGGAGGUAUGGUAGAAGACAUGCCUAUGUCAGCUUUCGACCUUCUUUGGAGAGUCCAAACAGAUCGUCAAGUCAGCAAAUCAGUGAUUGCGAAGGAUUGGAGCUAGGAGAUGUUCAGAAAGAAAACAAUUUAAUUUCCAAGGAAAUUAAUGAUUCACCUAUCUACAACCUUGGUAAAGCUUUAUGUGUUGAUCUUCAAGAAGAAAACACAAGACAUAAUGUUAAUAAUAGGAUCUCUGUGCUUACUGAAGCUGAGAGGAAUUGUGUGUCCUAUUUCUCAGUGUCAGAAUCUGCAAAGGAAUGUCAGACAUCAGGUAACACGGAUGACUGUAUGAAAACUAUUGAAACCCACAUCAUGCAUCAACACCCCUAUCAAAAUGGUGUUUCCUUUGUGGAUAUUGAUUCCUAUGAACCAGACAGUAGCGACGGGGAGGAAAAUGUUUGCCUUUCUGAAAAUAUUCCAUUAACAAAAAAGACUGAGACACAGCAGAAAACCCUAGACAACAUGCUUUCAAAGCUGGAAGAGGAUUAUUUCAGUGAAAAUUACCGUUUAUCACAAGUGUGCACUGUCUCUCUAGACAGGUGUAGUAGUGUUGAUUUAGACCCAGAACAGGCACAAGCAAACAUUUGUAUGAGACCUGUGUCAGUGCGGGAAACCAAACCAGUGGACAAUUUAGGUGUCCAUGAAUCACAACAGAAGAAACAUAGAAUAGAAGUGGCAGAGAAAAGUAACACAGCGGUCAGUUGUGAACUAAAUAUAAACUACACAAAAACUGACCAAGGCAGUGAACCUGUUGUUAGACCAAAAAUUAGGAAGCACACUUCUACCAGUUCAUGCAAUAAAAUCAAUUCGCUCACUGAUACUGAAGGAAAGGACAAUACAGGUGCUAGACUACGCACUCGAGACUUAAAAAUGAAUGCAGAGAGGAUCUGCAAGGAUGAGAAGAGUCAGAGUGACGCGUUAUUUGACCCAGUAAACUUUGAAGAAGCGCUUAAUGAAUCAAGAUUCUGUAGCAAAGAUAGAGAACCGACCAAUCUACAAGAUAAGCCUAUCUCAGAUGACACGUUUUGGGAUGAGUUUGAAGUUUACGGCAAGAGGCUGUCCAACUAUAAUAAAGAUGAAGACAGCUCUGUUUGCAGUGAUGGAGAGUGGUCUACAUGUCUGCCAUCCUAUUUCUCUACUGAUAAAGAUCAUUCCUCAAGUGAUGAGAGCUGGGAGACUCUACCUGGAAAAGAAGACCAUGAAGUCCACAGUAACAGCAGCAGCCUAGAAGAAGAAAACUCGGAUUUCUGUUUCCAAGUUGAGGAGCAGAAUUCAUUGGAAGAUGGAGAAAUUCCUUGGUUACAAUACAAUGAAGAUAUUGAAAGCAGCACUGAUGAGGAAAAUGACAUGGGAAGCCAUUUUGUGCAUGCAGGGUUUUUCAUGCUAGACAGCAAUAACAAUUUGGAGGAUGAUUCAAGUAUGAGUGAAGAUUUGGAAGUUGAGUGGAGAUUGUUGGAUGACUUUGGUGAUGGAUUAGGAGUAGCACAAGCAAUGUCCUAUGUGGAUCCUCAGUUUCUUACGUAUAUGGCCCUUGAAGAGCGCCUUGCUCAGGCAAUGGAGACUGCCCUGGCACAUCUGGAGUCUCUUGCAGUAGAUGUGGAGCAGGCUCACCCUCCAGCCACUAAAGAAAGCAUUGACUGCCUCCCACAGAUUGUUAUAACGGACGAUCGCUGUGUUGUAGGUCAAGAACAGUGUUGUGCCAUCUGCUGCAGCGAGUACAUUAAAGAUGAAAUUUUAACUGAACUACCUUGCCAUCACCUCUUUCAUAAGCCAUGUGUUACACUUUGGUUACAGAAAUCUGGAACGUGCCCUGUGUGCCGUCAUGUCUUGGCAUCACUGCUCCCAGAAGCUGCUGCUACCUCCUUCCUCUCAGAUCAUGAAAGUCCUCCUUCAAUCCACAAUGCAGCAGGAACCAGAUAAAGCAAUAUAAUACCUUCAUUCAAAUCUAGUUUGUUUUUUUCUUUCGAAAGGUACUUAAUGCAAAUGAGAGAUGAAUACACAUACACACAUGUACGGUGAAAUAUAUAUUAGCUUAGCAAGACUUGAAAAAUUGGAAACCAAUGUUAAGGUUGGCAGCAUUAGCUGAAUGUUUCAGACCAACAGUUGACAUUAUCUGCCACUAAUAUGCUGAAAAAUAUAACGUACAUUAAGCUCCAUUAACUGUAUGGCUUGCCUGAUUUGUUUUAUUUUGUGGCAGAUGUUUUUGCUGCUGUAACUGCAGUGCAGUUAGAGCUUUACAGAUCUAUGCUAAUUUUUUUUGUUUUCUUUUGUUUUCUUGGUGGGAUAACAUUGAAAGGGAAUGUGUGUAUUCUCCCUCCAGUAGUGAAAACCUAAAAUUGUGCCACUAAGUGAUUUUGUAAGCAAUCUCUCAUGUUUGCAUCAAAUGUGAAGAUAUUCUGUGAUCAUUGUAGUAUAAAGAAUUGGUUCCAUUUAAAAUAAAAAUGCAUAGAACCUA